AUGGCGAUAAGAGAGGAUAUUGUCGCGUCUGCGGCCCAGUUUUUACAGGACCCAAGCGUCGCGUCUUCGCCGGUUGAGAAUCGAGUCUCUUUCCUCCGAAAUAAAAAUCUUACACAAGAGGAGAUUGACGCUGCCCUCGGUCGUGCGUCCGGAAGGGUCACAGAUUCACAUGAACCCAGGGCCGCAGCUCCUGUACAAGCGCCGCCACACCAAUACUAUAAUCAAUACGUUCAACCAAACCCAUGGCAGCAGCCUCCUCAACCGCAGUCGCCCCGGCGCGAUUGGAGAGACUGGUUCAUUAUGGCCACGGUGAUGGGAGGGUUUGGUUAUGGUCUUUAUUCACGAUACGUUUACCCUAUGAUCGCGCCGCCCACGCCGGAGAGGUUGGACCAAGAUAAGAAGGAUAUUUCCGACAAAUUUGACAAGACUUUUGCUUUAGUUGAGCAACUCGCGAGAGACACCGAGGCUCUCAAGGCCGCGGAGAAGGAUAGGACCGAGAGACUUGACACAGCCCUGGCAGAACUUGAGUCUGUCAUCAACGAGCUGAAAUCUACUAACAGGCGACGGGAAGAUGACGCUCAGAGAGCUCGAGAUGAAAUCCAGGCUCUCAAGGAGUCCAUACCUGCUGCCCUUGAUGCGCAAAAGUCUCUUGCCGACAGUCGUCUUAAAGAAGUCAAUUCAGAGCUCAUCAGCCUGAAAACCCUAAUCUCCAGGAUGAAUGCGCCGAGUAUUCCUGCCCCUCAGUCUCGACAAGUGGCCGGAAAUUCCAACAACAACGACAAUGAGCAGCAAAAGGAAGCUCCUUCCCAGGAGAAUACAGAGCUCUCGGAAACUGUCUCCACUACCAAGGGCAACGGUCACGCCUCGCCGCUUUCAGGAGGAACUACGACAGGAAAAGUCUCCAUCCCCGCCUGGCAGCUGGCUAUGGCUAAUAAAGGCUCCGCCGAUCCCGGGGCCGCCUCUUAA